GGGGGCGGCGCAGCGCGGUGACGUCAUCACGGCGCGUGGCGGCCGUUCCCUCCCAAGAUGGCGUCGCUGCUGCAGUCGGAGCGGGUGCUGUACCUGGUGCGCGGUGAGAAGGAGCUGCGGGCGCCGUUAUCGCAGCUCUACUUCUGCCGGUACUGCAGCGAGCUGCGAUCCCUCGAGUGCGUCUCGCACGAGGUGGAUUCCCACUACUGCCCCAGCUGCCUGGAGAACAUGCCGUCAGCCGAGGCCAAGCUGAAAAAGAAUCGGUGUGCUAACUGCUUUGACUGCCCCUGCUGCAUGCACACCCUUUCCACCCGGGCCACUAGUAUUCCGGCUCCACUGCCUGAUGACCCAGCCAAAACUACCAUGAAGAAAGCAUAUUAUUUGGCAUGUGGGUUUUGCCGCUGGACUUCCCGGGAUGUGGGCAUGGCAGACAAGUCUGUCGCUAGUGGUGGCUGGCAGGAACCAGAGAAUCCUCACACGCAGAGGAUUAACAAACUGGUUGAAUACUACCAGCAGUUGGCUCAGAAAGAGAAGAUCGAGCGGGACCGAAAGAAGCUGGUGCGGCGCCGAAACUACAUGCCACUGGCCUUCUCGCAACACACUAUACAUGUAGUGGACAAAUAUGGCCUGGGAACCAGGCUCCAGCGCCAGAGGCCCGGUGCUCCCAUCAGCGCUCUCGCUGGACUCUCUCUGAAAGAAGGAGAGGACCAAAAGGAGAUCAAGAUUGAGCCAGCUGAUGCGAUGGAAGAAGUAGAACCCCUCCCUGAGGAUUACUACACAAGACCAAUCAAUCUGACUGAAGUGACGACACUGCAUCAGCGCUUGCUGCAGCCUGACUUCCAGCCAAUCUGUGCUUCCCAGCUCUACCCACGUCAUAAGCACCUCCUGAUCAAACGUUCACUGCGCUGUCGGAAAUGUGAACACAACCUCAGCAAACCAGAAUUCAACCCAACAUCCAUCAAAUUCAAGAUCCAGAUGGUUGCUGUUAACUACAUCCCUGAAGUAAGAAUCAUGUCUAUUCCCAACCUGCGCUACAUGAAGGAAAGCCAAGUGCUUCUGACUCUGACCAAUCCAGUGGAAAAUAUCACACAUGUCACACUGCUGGAGUGCGAGGAAGGAGACCCUGACAACAUUAACAGCAGUGCCAAGGUGGCAGUUCCUCCCAAGGAGCUUAUUCUGGCUGGCAAAGAUGCUGCAGCAGAAUAUGAUGAGCUGGCAGAGCCUCAAGAUUUCCAGGAUGACCCUGACGUUAUUGCCUUCAGAAAAGCCAAUAAGGUAGGAGUUUUCAUCAAGGUUACCCCGCAAAAAGAGGAGGGCGAAGUGACCGUGAGCUUUAAGAUGAAGCAUGAGUUUAAAAACCUUGCUGCUCCAAUCCGGCCCAGUGAGGAAUGCGAUCAGGUCUCAGAGGUCAUCUGGCUCACCCACCACGUUGAGCUCAGCCUCGGUCCAGUGCUCCCCUAAAAGCUUCCAGCGUUUGUGUCCCCAUGGCUGGCCACAGGAUGGACUGUCAGUGAAAGAAUGCACCCUGGUGAAACCUUCUGUGAAAGCUCCUGUGUGAUGUGUGGGUGUGUGCCGCAGGCUGCAGCCAGGCCAUCAGGAGGAGGCUGCGUGGGUGAGGGUGCUGUGCUUUGGGAUGGUUUGUUCUCUUUUCUUAUCGUAGUGCCCACUGACUAAAGCUCUGCUUCCCCACACUGCCACAGGCUGGUUUAACUCUCAGCAUGUGUUUCAGCACGCAGAUAGAGAUCUAGCUUUCUCCAGAUUCACACCACUCCUGGCUGAAUUUGGCUUUAGCAACAAAAAAGAAACCCUAAUUGUUUUUCUUCUUCUUUCAUGUCAGCCCACGAACCUAAUGUUACACACACAAAAGUGAACUUAUUCCCCACACGGAGCUAUGCCCAAGCAACCAUUUUAGGAGGUGGCAGUGCCUGCUGCAUUACUGACAAGUCUGUUGCUGCAGCAUGAUGCUUUCUUUCCUUUGUCUUUUGCUUCCUGUUAGGAUACCUCAAAUAAAUGUGGGGCACUCAGAUGUACAACUCGUUAUGUUCUUGUGGGGAGGGGGGAGGGUAAAAACACUCUGGCAUAUGUAGUUUCCUUAGCCAAAGUGAUAAAUCUUUUCACAAAGGAAAUGAUCACUUUGUCUUCAGUCUCAAAACGUGAUAUACUGCAGUGUUCACGGAUCUGAGUGGCCGCCAACCGCACUGUAGGCUCGUUGUGUUGCAAGGUGGAUGUGGUAGUGUGAAUUGUUAGAAGCUGGGAAGUCCCAUUGUGCUACGUUUCUUUACUGAGGUGAGAGUGGUCCUGAGAGGCUGCCUGUCAGUCUUUGUGUUAAUAAAUGUGUGUUAAUAGGGAUAUAGCAAUCAGUACUAAGCUCAGAGCAUUGAGAUUAGUUCUAGCAUACUAAAAAACUACAGGGGCUGUCCAAGUUCAUACUGUCUUUUCCAGCUGUGGGGUUGGGGGUAUAAAGGAAGAAAGGCUGUUAUACUGUAACUAGCAUACACUGUACUGCUGUUUAUAUAUAUAUAUAUAUAUAUAUGGGGUGUAAUUCGGCCAUAGUCCAAACUGCAACUUUAAUUAAGAGUGUAUGCAGGAUACUGAAUGCCAGUUCACUGCAAGUGGGUGAGACUGCUUGUCCUUGGGAGGCUUUAGUUUCAUUCCCAGUUCAAUGUUUACUUUCAUUACCCGUUUCUGAUGGGCUUUGAUGUGCUGGCUUAGGGUGAAGUUAGUGAGUCAGCCAAGGCCGGCUUUGAGCUUCAAAUCCUUAUGUGGGAUGGGAGGGAUAAGGCCACAUUGCAAACCGAGCAGCCUUAGUGCCCCUCAAAGGGAAGCACCCACCUCACAGCCCUGCUCCUGCAGCACCUCCCAGAGCAGCAAGUCAGCACGUUUACAACGCCUGGGUUGCACACAGGUGCACAGCAUGAGCUGAAGAAGUGUACUUUGUAUUUAUUUAUGUAUAACGCUAGUGUCUGCUGCUGUUUUACCUUCCGGAUAACAAAACACUUAAGCCUUGGCCAUGAGUUCUCUCCUUAGCCAAACUAGUAACACUACUACCUAUGGAAGCAGCUAUUGGGACGCUGAUGGAGCCCUGUGGCUGCAGCUCCCGGUUGGGCCGGGUUUGUCCCCUUUAGGUGCUUGUAGGCGAUAGGAAUUGCCGUCAGCUCUGUCUGUCCGUCUGUCCGUCCUUUCUCCCGGGGCUCAGGAGUUCUCGGUGUUAAUGACAGGCGGCUGUUUGCCUUAUUGCUUAUAACUUCAUGUAGUAACCUUCAAUAAAGCGACCUUGGCUCUCA